CCUCAAUCAAAUUAGAGUUGUUCCUUGGUCUUGAUUCCUUGAAGUGUUUUAGAAUGAGAAGAAGAUGCAUUAUUCGAGAGCGGCGGUGUCUCUGCUUCUCAAAUCAGUAGCCUCCUCCUCCAACCAUUCUUCUUGUUUUCGUUCUCACCACCUCACCCUCUGUCUCUCUAACCGCCGCUACACUGCGGAGCAGUUCUCCGACGACGAGUAUGAGUGCGAUUUCGAAAGCCAAAAGGCUUCAUCUUCAGUGGCCAACAUUGACGAGUGGAAAUGGAAACUGAGCCUGCUGCUGCGUAGUGACAAGGACCAAGAAAUUGUUUCAAGAGAUAAAAGAGAUAGGAGAGACUAUGAGCAGAUAUCUAACCUCGCCAAAAGGAUGGGACUUCACAGUGAAAUAUAUGGCAAAGUGGUGGUGGCCAGCAAGGUUCCUCUUCCAAACUACCGCCCCGAUUUGGAUGAUAAGCGCCCACAAAGAGAGGUGGUUAUUCCUCUUGGCUUGCAAAGGAGGGUAGAGGGUCUACUGCAAGAACACCUUGAUUGUCUCCUGCUGAGUUCCUGGAAGGUACCAGCCAAUUUAGGUGACAGUGAGUACCUUGAUCAGGUUGAUAAGGAGAAUGCGGAUUCUUAUCUUGAUGGUUCUGUAAUGGAGAAGGUACUUCAGCGUAGGAGUUUGUGGAUGCGUAAUUUGCAAAGAGCUUGGCAGGAAUCACCUGAAGGAAAAAAGAUGCUAGAAUUCAGGAAAUCACUACCAUCGUUCAAGGAGAAUCAGAGGUUGCUGCAAGCAAUUGCACAAAAUCAGGUUGUAGUGAUAUCUGGGGAGACUGGAUGUGGUAAGACCACUCAGCUUCCUCAAUAUAUACUAGAGUCAGAGAUAGAAUCUGGCCGUGGAGCAUUCUGUAACAUUAUCUGUACACAACCUCGAAGAAUAUCUGCCAUGUCUGUUGCUGAAAGAGUGUCUGCAGAGAGGGGAGAGUCUCUUGGUGAAACAGUGGGUUAUAAAGUUCGAUUAGAGGGAAUGAAAGGAAAAAAUACCCAUCUUCUUUUCUGUACCAGUGGCAUUUUACUUCGCCGUCUGUUGAGUGAUCGGAACUUGAGUGGUAUCACACAUGUUUUUGUUGAUGAAAUUCAUGAACGAGGCAUGAAUGAAGACUUCUUGUUGAUUGUAUUGAAAGAUCUGCUUCCACGCCGUCGCGAUAUAAGAUUAAUUUUGAUGAGUGCCACUCUGAAUGCGGAGCUAUUUUCAAAAUUCUUUGGAGGAGCGCCAACAAUUCACAUUCCGGGUUUCACAUAUCCAGUGAGAGCACACUUUUUGGAAGAUGUACUGGAAAUGACUGGGUAUAAGCUGACUUUUUUCAAUCAAAUUGAUGACUAUGGCCAAGACAAACUGUGGAAAAUGCAGAAGCAGUUAGCGCCUCGGAAAAGGAAAAACCAGAUCACUGCUCUAGUUGAGGAUGCUCUUAGUAAAUCAAGCUUUGAGAAUUAUAGCUCCAGAGCACGUGAUUCAUUAUCAUGUUGGACAGCUGAUUGCAUAGGAUUUAAUCUGAUUGAAGCAGUUUUAUGUCAUAUAUGUCGGAAGGAGCGGCCAGGUGCUGUCUUAGUAUUCAUGACUGGGUGGGAUGAUAUCAGCUGUUUGAAGGAUCAACUUAAAGCGCAUCCUCUUUUAGGUGAUCCGAACAGGGUUUUGCUUAUAACCUGCCAUGGGUCAAUGGCCACGUCUGAACAGGUUCAAAAUGCUAUUGACUUUCUUAAGUUGAUUGGGGCAUUGGAUGAGAAUGAAAAUUUGACAAAUCUCGGAAAAUAUUUGUCAAUGCUUCCAGUAGAUCCCAAACUAGGGAAAAUGCUGAUUAUGGGUGCCGUAUUUCAUUGCUUUGAUCCUGUUCUUACAAUAGUGUCUGGGCUAAGUGUUCGGGAUCCAUUCCUUUUGCCUCAAGACAAAAAAGAUUUAGCAGGUACAGCAAAAUCUAGAUUCUCUGCAAAAGAUUACAGUGAUCAUAUGGCUCUUGUUCGUGCAUAUGAAGGAUGGAAAGAUGCAGAAAGAGAAGGAUCAGCGUAUGAAUACUGCUGGAGAAAUUUUCUCUCUGCCCAAACACUUCAAGCUAUUCAUUCUCUCCGGAAGCAGUUUAGCUACAUCUUAAGAGACGCUGGCUUGGUGGAUGCGGAUGCAAGCAUUAACAACAAGCUAAGUCACAAUCAGUCAUUGGUCCGUGCAAUCAUAUGUUCUGGACUCUUCCCUGGCAUAGCAUCUGUAGUGCACCGAGAGACAUCCCUGUCUUUCAAAACUAUGGAUGAUGGCCAGGUUUUACUAUAUGCUAAUUCUGUAAAUGCACGUUACCAAACGAUUCCCUACCCUUGGCUGGUCUUUGGUGAAAAAAUAAAAGUCAACACUGUUUUCAUACGCGAUUCUACUGGUGUUUCUGAUUCCAUUUUGAUCCUUUUUGGUGGUGCCCUAACCCAUGGGAUCCAGGCUGGGCAUCUGAAAAUGUUGGAUGGUUAUAUUGACUUCUUCAUGGAUCCUAGUUUGAUGGACUGCUAUUUGAAGAUUAAAGAAGAGCUUAAUGAGCUUAUUCAAAAGAAGCUUCAAGAUCCAAGCCUGGAUAUCCACAAGGAAGGAAAGUAUCUCAUACUUGCUGUUCAAGAGCUGGUAUCUGGAGAUCAAAGUGAAGGAAGAUUUGUGUUUGGCCGUGAAAACAGGAAGCCAAGGGAGUCUGGUGAUAACAGCAGAUUCACAAGAGACGGAACCAACCCUAAGAGUUUGCUGCAAACUUUAUUGAUGAGAGCGGGACAUUCAGCUCCAAAAUAUAAAACAAAGCACCUCAAGACAAAUGAGUUCAGAGCCCUUGUGGAAUUCAAGGGCAUGCAGUUUGUUGGAAAGCCCAAGAAAAAUAAGCAGCUCGCGGAAAGGGAUGCUGCCGUAGAAGCACUGGCCUGGUUGACUCACACCUCAGACGACAGUCGUGAUGAAGAUGACAACUCCCCACCUGAUGUCACUAAUAACAUGCUGAAACUUCUGGGGAAACGUAGAAGAUCAAAGCGCCACUCUGGUUAAUUUAGGAUCAAGCUGCUGGAGUUGACUGUUGGAAAUUGGAUAUGGAACAUUAGUUCAGGGUAGCCUAUUAUUAAUCAGGAUUUUAACAGGACAGUUUGCAAAAGAAAAGGCGCCUUUUAUUAAUUUGGAACAAUAACCACUAUUUAGUCUCCAAAUUGAUUUAUAACCAAGUAAUUUAAAAAGUUG